CGUAAAACGAGAAAAAUCUGUGCACAAAAAUGGCUCUACACGUACCGAAAGCACCCGGAUUUGCAUCGAUGCUCAAGGAUGGAGCUACGGCAUAUUCUGGUCUCGAAGAAGCGGUCUACCGUAACAUUCAUGCUUGCAAAGAGUUUGCCAACUCGGUCAUGUCGGCGUACGGUCCGAACGGCAUGAACAAGAUGAUCAUCAACCACAUCGAGAAGCAGUUCGUUACAUCCGAUGCCGGCACGAUUAUGCGCGAGCUGGAUGUGGAACAUCCGGCCGCAAAGUUGAUGAUCGAGGCGAGCCAGAUGCAGGAAGCGGAAGCCGGGGACGGUACCAACUUUGUGGUCGUUUUCUGUGGUGCUUUGCUGCAGGAGGCGGAAGAACUGUUGCGGCUUGGUGUAACGAGCAGUGACAUUACGGAGGGAUACGAGAAAGCUCUACAGAAGACGCUGGACAUACUGCCCACGCUUUCGUGUCACGAGAUCAAGGACUAUCGUAGCUUGCUUCCGGUGCGAAAUGCAAUCCGUGCGACGGUUAUGUCGAAGCAGCUCGGCAACGAAGAUUUCCUAGCGGAUCUGAUCGCAAAGGCAUGCAUUUCUAUUAUGCCCGAACAGACAACGUUCAACGUGGACAAUAUCCGUGUGUGCAAGAUUCUUGGCAGCGGGCUGCAGAUGUCGGAAGUUAUUCCCGGCAUGGUGUUCAAGCGUUUCGUAGAGGGAGAGGUAACGUCCGUGUCGAAGGCUAAGAUUGCGCUCUACUCCUGCCCGGUGGACAUUAUCCAGACGGAAACAAAGGGUACGGUGCUGAUCAAAUCGGCCGAGGAACUGAAAACGUUCAGCCAGGGCGAGGAAAACUUGCUCGAGGCACAGAUUAAGGCGAUCGUCGAUACGGGCGCAACAGCGAUCGUGGCUGGUGCCAAGUUCGGUGACAUGGCCCUGCACUACAUGAACAAGUACGGUCUGAUGGCGGUGCGACUAAACUCCAAGUUUGAUCUGCGUCGUCUCAGCAAAGCGGUCAAUGGUACGGUUUUGCCUCGCCUAACGCCCCCGAGUACGGAAGAACUUGGCUACUGCGAUAACGUGUACGUGCACGAGCUGGGCGACACUUCGGUUACGAUCUUCAAAUCGGACGGCACGGAAAGUCGCAUCGCAACGGUCGUUAUUCGUGGCUCAACCGACAACUACAUGGACGAUAUCGAGCGCGUCAUCGAUGAUGGUGUGAACACGUUCAAGGGAUUAACCCGGGACCCUCGCUUCCUGCCCGGUGCCGGUGCGGUAGAAAUCGAACUGGCACAACAGUUGGCCGAGUAUGCCGAUACACUGCCGGGGUUGGAGCAGUACGCCGUACGCAAGUUUGCCAAAGCGCUCGAAUGCUUCCCGAAAGCGUUGGCCGAAAAUAGUGGCGUUAAUGCGACGGAAGUUGUGCAUCAGCUGUAUCUGGCGCACAAGCAGGGCAAGAAGACAGAGGGUUUCGAUAUCGAGUCGGAACAGCCGGCAACGGUGGACGUUACGACGAAAAACAUUUUCGACCUGUACACCACGAAGUAUUGGGGAUUGAAGUAUGCGGUCGGUGCUGCCUGUACGAUCCUGAAGGUGGACGAAAUUAUUAUGGCUAAGCGGGCUGGCGGUCCGAAACCGCGUGCUGGUGGUCUGGGAAGUGAUGAUGAAUCGUAAACGUUG